CACCGCUUCGUCUGUCGUCUCAUCCUCCUCGUCUCCAAGACCCCAACCCACGAAGAAGCCCCGAUCGCUCCCGGUUCUCGCCUACCGAAAGCAACCCCACUCGGCCACUCCACCACGCGGAUUAAACAAAGCGCGCACCUAAUCAAAACACAACAGCGCAUUGGCUCCUCGCAACCAUAUCUCCCUCCUCUCGCUUUAUUACAAAGCUUUACUAUUAGCUCACGCGCGCCGUGCGGGAGAGAGAGAGAGAGAGGAGCCGAUCCAACCCCUCCCGUCGCGUCCCCUCGCCGCCGUCCUCGUCCCUCUCCCCUCCCCUCCCUCUAAAACCCUAGCUAGCGAGGAGCCAGGGGAUGAAGAUCCAGUGCAACGCGUGCGGGGCCGCGGAGGCGCGGGUGCUGUGCUGCGCGGACGAGGCCGCGCUCUGCGUCGCCUGCGACGAGGAGGUGCACGCCGCCAACAAACUCGCCGGGAAGCACCAGCGGGUGCCGCUCCUGACGGACGCCGACGCCGCUGGGACCGCCGCCGCGGCGCCGGCCGUGCCCAAGUGCGACAUCUGUCAGGAGGCUUCUGGAUACUUCUUCUGCCUAGAGGACCGUGCACUACUUUGUAGAGACUGUGAUGUUGCUAUACACACAGUAAAUUCCUUUGUUUCAGUACACCAGAGAUUCCUGCUAACUGGAGUUCAGGUGGGCCUUGAUCCUGCUGAUCCAGUUCCACCUAUUGCUGAAAAGCAUGUUAAUGCCGCUGGUGGAUCAGUAAAUCAACCAGUGAAACAUCUGCCAAGGAGAAGCCCGACAGUUCAAUUUUCAGUUGAAGGCAGUGCUUCUGUUCCAAGCAAAAAUGUAACAAAUGGAGAUUAUUCAAGGCAGAAUUCUGUUCCAACAGCCAGGGCAGAAGUGGUUGAUUGGACUAUGAACAAUAGUACAAUUCGUUCAGUAGAAUCCCCGCCUAAGUACAUGUCAGAGGAAAGUCCAACACUUCUGCAAUCUAGCCAGACCACAACAGCCUUCAACCAAAUUAACGGCAAUAGUGAUGGGCCCUACCACUUGUCAUUCUCAGGUGGUAAUGUGACAGACAGUCUACCAGAUUGGCCUGUGGAAGAGUUCUUCAGUAACUCAGAAUAUGGUCCAAACUUUGGCUUCUCCGAGCAUGGUUCUUCUAAGGGUGAUAAUGCUAAGCUGGGGAAUGCUGGUGGUUCUCCACAAUGCCGUUUAGCUGAAGGCUCCGUUGCUGAGGAACUAUUAGGGCAGGUGCCUGGAUUGAUCACAGAUGAAUAUAUGAGCCGAGUACCUGAGAAUUCAUGGACAGUACCUGAGGUUCCCUCGCCACCAACAGCCUCGGGGCUCAAUUGGCAUGGGAAUUUGUGUUUCCCUGCAUAUGACAGCACCAUGUUUGUUCCUGAAAUUACCUCCCUCCAGACCUCCCAAAAUCAGUUCGCCGUACCUUCCAGUUUCAAGCGCCGGAGAAGAGAGUAUUGAGGUGACAACAAGAUCACUAGACACCACUGUCCAGUUUAGGCCAUCUCGAGAAAGGUUUCUUGGUGGGACAAAUGACUGGAAAAAAGAUAUCCCAGACUGUUUCUUGGUGAUCAUUCAAACUUCAACUGAACUAUCCCCUGGGUUUGAAGUGUGUUGUAAUGCCUCUGUUGUUCAUUUCCCAAAGAUCUGAGCUUCGCUAGUGAAUUGUUUCGAGCUGUGCAGUGUCGAAUUUGUGUACAUACCAAAAUAAAGAGGAGUACCCAGUAAGAUCAUUCGCGAGUACAUCGCACACUGGUGGUGGCACAUGAAGUUACUUCUGCAAUAUCAUCCUUGUCCGUUGCGAGAAUGGCUCCAGUUUUGCCGUCUGAUGCCUGGGUACCUUGACUGCUGCGGUUCGGCGAGGCGAGGGCAGCUCCAAUAGUCUACCUGCUAGCUCUAAAGCAUGUGUCAUAUUUACCUUAGCAAGAGCUAAGUUUAAAAGACUACUUGUCUAAUAAUCUACUCUUUACACAUUGUCUAAAGCUAAUAUAAUCUCAUAUCGAGAAACGUAAAUCAUUGAUUA